UUUUCAUUUUGAUGAAUAAAAUUGGAGGAAUGCAAAAGUAGAACUACAGUAGCUGAGCGGAGAAAGAGUGAAAGAGAAGCGGACACGGCAGACGUAAAGAGUAGAAGAGGGGACUGGACUGGAGGUUUGAAUGGAAACUCGAAAGAAAUGACCAUCGCCAUGUAUUUAAAUUAAUAAAAAUUAGAACUUUACAAACUAGGGGAAAAGAAAGGAAACGCUUUUGGUCGCGGAUCCGAAUUUCGAAGAAGAAGAAGAGGGAUUAAUUAUUUUUUUCAGAAUUAUAAUUAUCAAUUGGGGAAGUGAGCCGAUGAAGGACGUAAGGAGGUUGCUGAAAGGGGUGUCUCUGAUUGCCAAGGAAUUCUCAAAACGCUCUUCUUCUUCUUCUUCUUCUUCUUCUUCUUAUUCUCGUAAUUCCCUCCUCUACAAAGCGUUGCUCUCCGCCACCGACCUCUCCGGCCUCACCAGAGGCUCCCUCCGCCGGUUCUCCAAACCUAACCCUAACCCUAAUCCCAUUCUUACUCCUCCAUUGAAUCAAAAUCAACCUAAAAUCGAUCAACAUCAGGAUCAGAUUCAGAAUCAACCUACAGAAGAUCAACAUCAACAGAAUGAUCAACGUGAUCAUGAUCAGAAUCAACGUCAAAAUGAAGAGACGAUGAUGAGCAUUGAUAAGAAUGAAGGUCGGCGGAGGCCGAGAGAGAGACGAGUUCCGUCGACCCCGUUCUCGAGAGCCUUGGGGUUCGCGGGAUUAGGAGCGGGACUCGCCUGGGGAACUCUUCAGGAGUCCGCCAAGAGGCUUGUUUUCGGCACUCCAAUUCAAAAUCCUAAUAAUGCUAGUAAUCCCUUCUUGUCCCCCCAAAACGCAGAGCGGUUGGCUCUUGCUCUGUGCAGAAUGCGCGGAGCCGCCCUGAAAAUCGGGCAGAUGUUGAGCAUUCAGGACGAGUCUCUUGUUCCUCCUCCCAUUCUGGCUGCUCUUGACAUAGUUCGUCAAGGCGCCGAUGCCAUGCCCAGAAAGCAGCUCAAUCAAGUCUUGGAAUCUGAAUUGGGACCUCAUUGGUCCUCUUCUCUGCUUUCUUUUGGUUAUCAACCAAUCGCCGCCGCCAGUAUUGGCCAGGUGCACCGAGCUGUUACAAAGGAUGGCAUGGAUGUCGCCAUGAAAAUUCAGUACCUAGGUGUUGCAGAUAGCAUUGAAAGUGACAUUGAGAAUGUCAAGCUUCUCUUGAAUUAUACUAAUUUAAUUCCCAAAGGCCUUUACCUCGACCGAGCAAUCAAGGUUGCAAAAGAAGAACUAUCUCGUGAAUGCGACUAUGAGUUGGAGGCAUCUAAUCAAAAACGAUUUCUCCAACUGCUAUCCAACACUGACUUACAAGGUUUUUAUGUCCCUGUGGUUGUGGAUCAUAUUUCAAGUAAAAGAGUCUUAACUUCUGAGCUCAUUUCAGGAAUUCCCAUUGAUAAAGUGGCAUUAUUAAGCCAGGAAACUCGUAACUAUGUGGGGAAGAAGCUGCUAGAACUCACAUUGAUGGAGUUAUUUGUCUUUCGGUUUAUGCAGACUGAUCCUAACUGGGGUAAUUUCUUGUACGAUGAGUCCACUAGAACAAUCAAUCUGAUCGACUUUGGAGCAGCUCGAGACUACCCGAAACGUUUUGUUGAUGACUAUUUAAGAAUGGUUCUUGCUUGUGCAAAUGGAGAUAGAGACGCAGUCAUUGAGAUGUCUCAGAGACUUGGAUUCCUCACAGGGAUGGAGUCGGAGAUAAUGUUAGAGGCUCAUGCCCAAGCCGGUUUUGUCGUUGGGUUGCCUUUCUCAAGAGCCAGUGGAUAUGAUUUUCGGUCCACCAAUAUUAUGCAGAGUAUUUCGAACCUUGGGGCAACAAUGCUGAAGCACAGGCUGACGCCGCCGCCCGAUGAGGCAUACAGUCUUCAUCGCAAGCUUUCAGGUGCCUUUUUGGCUUGCAUCAAGCUUGGGGCUGUGGUACCAUGUAGGGAAUUACUACUUGAAGUAUACGAGCAUUAUCAGUUUGCUGAAGAAGGUGAUGAGAUGCCGUCAAGUAGCUCCAUUUCUUGAUAGGGUUUUUUUUCUUUCUUUUUUCUUUUCCUAAAUUGGAGUUGGGUAGAAAUCGAGCUUCAUUGAGAAUGAGAUAGAAUCGAGAGCUAGGGUUUAGGCCAGAGGAUAAAGUUCCAUUUUUCAAAUGAUACAUUCAGUUGGUUCAUUUGUUUUUUAUAUUUUAUUCCGAUGAGAUUGAGUUGAUUUUGGAAAUUGGACAAGAGCCGUAAGGCUUGGGUGGAUACCCUUGAAUUUAUUUAAUACUAUAAAUAAAAGUGAUCCGUUUUUGUAAGAAGAUUCGUUUAAUUUGAUUAAUUAAAUUAAAUGCUUCAGAGUUUAAU